ACGAGUGAAAUAAAUGUCGUAAUUUCUUCUUAGCAUGUCUGAGGAAAUCUACCGAUAAAUAUAGAGUUAAAAUUGCCUCGAAAAUGUCUUCCAAAUUGGUUCGUAAAGGCCUUGAUCUUGUGAUCGGGGAAGGAGUAUCAAGAUCUCAAAAACAGAAGUUAAAACAGAAGCAGAAACAACUCGCUAAGAAGCAGAAAAGAACUUCGAGAGGAAACAAACAGAAACAAUCACGCGCACGUGAAGUAAGAGGCUUGCAGUUAUCAUCAGGCCAGAAAAGAAAGACACAAGAAGUUGAUUUUACAGAGGAGAACUUAGAGUACUUCAAGAAUGCCACAUGGAAGAUCAAGAAGGACACUUAUGACAAAAUUUUAGAAAGGCAAAGUAAAUUCCAAAGGAAAAAAACCAAAGAUGAAAAAGUUGAUGACUCAGAUGCUGAAGAACCAGGAGGUCUGUUUGAUGACUAAAUGAAGAAAAAUGUACCAUUUAAACAAAUCGAUUCUACAG